UUUAAAUCUUAAGGAGAUGGAACUUGGGCUUCUGCCCAAAGGUGAACGUUUCAAACUCUGCCCCUAUAGCUGUGACCGGUUUGCCGUGAGUCCCCGUACCCCCUUCUAAUGAUCUCUCUAUAGCCCGGUCCAGAACUGUGCAGUCAUGUUCAGGAACAGUCUGAAGAUGCUGCUUGGCGGCAAAUCCAACCGCAAGAAUCGAAACAGUGGCAGUGACUCUGUGGAGGGCGAGUGUGUGUUCGAGGGGGAUUACGCUGUCCCUCCUCUCCCGGUGACCGAGGGCAUGCAGCACAUUCGGAUCAUGGAGGGUGUGACGCGCUCUCUCCCCUCCUCUCCUCUGCUGUCCCACCAGGCCCUCAACAUGCGUCUCCAGCCGCUCAAGAGACUGCCAGGGGAAGAAAGCCAGGAUAUGGGUCCUCCACCAUCUGUAGACGAGGCCGCCAACACACUGAUGACGCGACUGGGGUUCCUGCUCGGGGAAAAAGUGAACGAAGGGCCUGGUGGAGCACAGUACAGCAUGGAGGAACAAGAUGACACUCAGGGCAUCUCCAUGACCCAGAGGAUCAGCCCAUGCUCUAGCUUAGCUAGCAGCACAGCGUCGCCCCCUCCUGGCAGCCCCUGCUCUACGUUGCCCGCUGGAGCUCCGGGUAACAUGGGCACCAGAGACUGUGCUUACGGAUCCAUCACGAGUCCCACCUCCACCCUGGAGAGCCGAGACAGCGGUAUUAUAGCAACGCUCACAAGUUACUCAGAGAAUGCCGAGCAUGGAGGUAAACACAGCGAGGGCUCUCGGGGCAGCCUGAAACUCUGGCAGGCACAGAAGUCAAUGGGUGCAGACUCUUUUCUUUAUCGGGUGGAUGAAAACAUGGCCGCUUCCACAUACAGCCUCAACAAAAUCCCAGAGAGGAGUCUGGAACAUUCCGUCUCUCACUCCGCCCACUCCAUCCCCCUCUACCUCAUGCCCCGCCCCAACUCUGUGGCUGCUCUGGAGCGGCUCCUAGCUCCUGAUGCUACCCCGUUACAACAAAGCAAGGAUGUCCGUGUGAAUCUCCUCCAGGUUUUAUGA